GAAUGGAAAGAAAAGGCCUUUUUUUUCUCUUUUUUUUUUUGAAACCAGGCCUUUCUUCAAAUAAAAGUGAAUCCUUCCCCUGCUUCCCAAGGUUUCAAUUCUAAUCUUUGGGAGGAGAGAGAGAGAGAGAGAAAGAGGGAGAGAGAAUGUCUACCGUGACCAUACCUCCGGUUCUAACUUCGCCUCGUGAUGACGCUGUCCAACUCUACCGUGCUUUCAAAGGAUUUGGCUGUGACACUGCAGCAGUUAUCAAUAUUCUUGCUCAUCGGGAUGCAACACAGCGUGCUCUCAUUCAACAAGAAUAUAGAACCAUAUAUUCUGGGGACCUUGACAAACGCUUAUCUUCAGAGCUUAGUGGCAAUGUCAAGAGAGCAGUUGUACUCUGGAUGCAUGAUCCUGCAGCACGGGAUGCUACCAUAGUGAGGCAAGCCUUAAGUGGUAACAUUAUUGAUCUCCAAGCGGCUACUGAAGUAAUAUGUUCUCGAACCCCAUCCCAGAUUCAACAAUUUAGACAAGUUUAUUUUGCAAAAUUUGGUACUUACCUUGAGCAUGACAUUGAAUUUCAAGCCUCUGGAGAUCAUAAAAAGUUACUGCUUGCAUAUGUAACUACACCACGCUAUGAAGGCCUGGAAGUUGAUAAGGUGAUGGUAGAGAAGGAUGCAAAAGCUCUCUUUAAAGCUGGGGAGAAGAGACUGGGAACUGAUGAGAAGACUUUCAUACACAUUUUCAGUGAAAGAAGCAGGGCACAUUUGGCUGCAGUUGAUUCUGCUUACCAUGAUAUUUUUGGAAACACGUUGAAAAAGGCAGUGAAAAAAGAAACAUCUGGGCAGUUUGAGUAUGCCCUUUUGACUAUCUUACAAUGUGCUCACCAUCCGGGAAAGUAUUUUGCAAAGGUUUUGCACAAAGCAAUGAAGGGUUUGGGAACAGACGACACUACACUUAUAAGGAUAAUUGUUACGAGGGCUGAGAUUGAUAUGCAGUAUAUAAAGUCGGAGUACCAGAAGAAACAUGGAAAGCGUUUGAAUGAUGCUGUGCACUCAGAGACAUCAGGCCAUUACAGGGCCUUUCUUCUCUCUCUUGUAGGCCCUGCCUAUUAGGCUUCAUAUAACUCCUGGAAUCAUCUGUAGUUUUACUUCAACUUCCUUUUGGGCAGUUUGAGAACCUGGAUGAAUGAUCCAAUCGUGUAUCACCCAUUUGUUUACCUACCAAGGUCUGUUUAUGGCUGUAAAUAUGGGCUCGUUUGUUUGAUAACUUUUGUUUAGAAGGUGCUUUUGCCUUUUUGGUUGUAAAAAUAUUUUCAUGUAACAUAAAAGUGGAGCUAAUUUUGAUUUU